ACUAACACGACCGGAAAGGCUUCGGGGACGGCCGCGGCACUUAGGGAGUGUCUGCAAAGACCAAGAAAGGAAACCAGGGGUCGUCUAACAAGAGCCCCGCUGGUCACAGCCAAUUCCAGUCCGCUACGACUGAACGCCCCUCUUGGGUUGAGCAAGUUCUCCAGCCCACCCAUCAAUCACCGGUCUCAGCUGCCCAAUCAGAGGGCCGAGGGGGCGGGACUGCUUGGAGCGUCGAGUGACGUCAGCAGGCCUGGCCGCCAGAAGCGUGACGGACGAGGCUCGCGGCUGAGGAGCAGUUAGCCGGCGCCGCAGCGGUAGUCGCUGUAAACAGGGCCUCGCCCCUGCGGGUCCUGCGACAGCUCCUGGAUGGUGGGUGGUCUCGCGUGGGGCGGUAACCGCCGGACGCCGGGAGGAGGAUUGAGAAAGGUUUAUGUUCCCGAUACCUUGGGAGCUGUCAUAGCUAAAGAGAAGGAAAUCUCAGUCUCCUGGAGGGGUCACCCCUCUAAAGAUAGCUUCUGCCCCGUUUCUGGAAACCCUGGUAUUUCUACAGCAGGCUUUACUUUCACCAAACCCAAGUUGGAGACAGGAGCAGCCCCUGCACAGGACAUAAGGAUGCUGUAACCAGAAGAUGGGAUCACGGAACAGCAGCAGCGCCGGAUCCGGGUCCUUAGAACCCUCUGAGGGCUUGUCCCGAAGAGGGGCUGGCCUGCGUCGUAGUGAGGAAGAGGAAGAAGAGGAUGAAGAUGUGGAUCUGGCCCAGGUACUGGCCUAUCUCCUCCGCAGAGGCCAAGUGAGGUUGGUGCAAGGAGGGGGUGCAGCAAAUUUACAGCUCAUCCAGGCCCUCUCGGACUCAGAGGAAGAGCAUGACAGUGCCUGGGACGGUCGCCUUGGAGAUCGAUACAACCCACCUGUGGAUUCGACCCCUGACACCCGGGAGCUGGAAUACAAUGAGAUCAAGACACAGGUGGGAUUGGCCACGGGGCGGCUGGGACUUGGGAGGACUGCGCAGCAGCAGAGUUUUCCUCGGAUGCUACACCAGAGAGAACGGGGCCUCUGCCACCGGGGAAGCUUCUCCCUUGGAGAACAGUCUCGAGUGAUGUCUCACUUCUUGCCCAAUGAUCUAAGCUUCACUGAUACCUACUCUCAGAAGGCUUUCUGCGGCAUCUACAGCAAAGAUGGUCAAAUCUUCAUGUCUGCUUGCCAAGAUCAGACAAUCCGACUGUAUGACUGUCGGUAUGGCCGCUUCCACAAGUUCAAAAGCAUCAAGGCUCGGGAUGUAGGCUGGAGUGUCCUGGAUGUGGCCUUCACUCCUGAUGGAAACCACUUCCUGUACUCCAGCUGGUCUGAUUACAUUCAUAUCUGCAACAUCUAUGGGGAAGGAGACGCACACACUGCCCUGGAUUUAAGGCCAGAUGAACGUCGCUUUGCUGUCUUCUCCAUCGCUGUCUCCUCAGAUGGACGAGAAGUACUAGGAGGAGCCAAUGAUGGCUGCCUAUAUGUCUUUGACCGAGAACAAAACCGGCGUACUCUUCAGAUCGAGUCUCAUGAGGAUGAUGUGAAUGCAGUGGCCUUUGCUGACAUAAGCUCCCAAAUCCUGUUCUCUGGGGGAGACGAUGCCAUCUGCAAAGUGUGGGAUCGACGAACCAUGAGGGAGGAUGACCCCAAGCCUGUGGGUGCACUGGCCGGACACCAAGAUGGCAUCACCUUUAUUGACAGCAAGGGUGAUGCCCGGUAUCUCAUUUCCAACUCCAAAGAUCAGACCAUUAAGCUUUGGGAUAUCAGACGCUUCUCCAGCCGAGAAGGCAUGGAAGCGUCACGACUGGCUGCCACACAGCAAAACUGGGACUAUCGCUGGCAGCAGGUGCCCAAGAUAGCCUGGAAGAAGUUGAAGCUCCCAGGUGACAGCUCCUUGAUGACCUACAGAGGCCAUGGAGUGCUUCACACUCUGAUCCGAUGUCGAUUCUCCCCAGCCCAUAGCACCGGCCAGCAGUUCAUCUACAGUGGCUGCUCUACUGGCAAAGUGGUUGUAUAUGACCUCUUAAGUGGCCACAUUGUGAAGAAGCUGACCAAUCACAAGGCCUGUGUGCGUGAUGUCAGUUGGCAUCCCUUUGAAGAAAAGAUCGUCAGCAGUUCGUGGGAUGGGAACCUACGUCUAUGGCAGUACCGUCAAGCUGAGUACUUCCAGGACGACAUGCCAGAGUCUGACAUGAACAGAGUUUGUUCCAGUGGCCCUACUCCGGUGCCCUGCCCAUCUGUGGCCUUUUCCUCACCUCAGUAGAUCUGACCUCCAGUUCUGUAAAGGGUGAAUUCUCAGCAUAUUCUCUGCCUCCUCCUCCCUUUCCCCUUUGGGGAGUAUGUGGAGGAACUGCUGACACUGGGUGAGAAACAGAAACCCAGAGUCUGGGCCCAGGCUGAGCCUGGACUGACCACCCCCAAACUGGAUCAAGUGGUUUCCUCGUGCAUUCAUACCCAGUCUGCUUGGAUUUCGAUCUCUAGCCAGAGUGUGGCAGGGCAUCAUUAUCUGGGGUGCAGCUUCUGGCUACAAGAGUCUUGAGUGUGUUUAAUCAUGUUCUGAUGUUAGAUAUUGGCUCAUAGUGUAGACACUUAAGGUCUGAAUGGACCCAUUAGCAGUGCCCUUUGCCCGGGUCUUCACACUGAGAGUUAGAUUGGCCAUCAGGGCCUAGUAUACUGAGACCUUUCUUUCUGAGGUCUCCGAGGGUGGACAGGAUGGGUAGGGAGGUGUCUGCCUCAGCACCCUCCUGGGUGAGAACUGUGUCUGCUCUCAUACUUGGACUUUGAAGUGAAGAGGCUGGUCUGAGAGGUGUGGGUCUCAGGUAUGGCCCGGCUUGCCUUUGGAUCCUAUCAUUGCUGAUGGCCAGCAGCUUCAACAAAAGAGGAUAAAGCAGGACUUCUUUCACCUUCUCACUGGCUGUGGCUCUCCCAAUAAACCGUCUGUGGGAAAUUG